UGCUGCACUCCUGCACCCCAGGUGUCGGCAUGGAUCAUGGGAUCGUUGGCGGUAAGGUGUCCAUUCCACACAGCCGUCCAUACAUGGUCUACAUUCGUGACUCACAAACACAAGCAGCAUGUGGUGGAUUUUUGUUAAGAGAAGAUUUCGUGAUGACGGCUGCCCACUGUAAUAAAAAACAUCUCAUGGUGUAUUUGGGUGUUGAUGACACAAAUCAUUUACCUGAGGGUAUUGAGGUCGAUGCCAUUCCACAUCCAAGUUUUGCAAACAAGCCAGGUGAUGACAUCAUGCUAUUAAAGCUUAAAACCCCAGCAACUCUCAACAAGACUGUGAAUAUCAUUGCCCUGCCAGAAACUAAUAAAGAGGAAAUCUCAACUAACUGCAUGGCCAUGGGUUGGGGGUGGCCAAAAUACAAUGAGGAGACUCCAUCAAGAGUCCUGAGAGAAGUGAACUUGACUCUACUAGACUCGGAAAAUUGUGCCAGACCCCACACUUUAUGCACGAAGGAAGACGCCGGGCCAGCACUGGGAGACUCUGGCAGUCCACUUAUUUGUGGAAAUGAUGCAGUGGGCAUUGUGUCUUACUACAUAAUGAAUGAGUCUACAAGCUACCUUACAAUGUAUACUAAAAUCUCUCACUACCUUCCAUGGAUUCAUGAAACCAUGAAUCCAACUUUUUAGUGCAGCACGGACCAUGGACGGCAAAGCUGGAUAAACUCAACAUGUUUGUUUUCAAGGCAUUUCUGAUUAUGAAAGCUCUUCAUCUGCAAUUUAAUGUACUAGAUUAAAAUAAAGACAAACCCUUAGCAUUGCAUAAGUCUGUUAAAAUGAUUUCCGCAGUUACAAUCUACAUGAUCUACAGUAGUUGUAUUGCAAAUGUUCACAGCAGGCCAAAACUGUCAUCUUGUGGUAAAAGUUUAUACCACUGAUUAAAAUA